AUGGUUAUGACGGUGAAUUUAUUCAAGUUAGACUCACUAGAGUCUGACAUAGAUAUGACAACGACUAAGGUUGCGGUUCAACCUCAAGGACCCCUUGCAGAUCUCAAGUUUAUAAAGAAGAAGAAGAAGAAGAAGAAGAAGCACAAGCACAACAGGGUAGCUGGUGGUAAUGAGAUAGUAGACGUUGAAACCUCCAAACAUAACGAAGAAAGUCAAAUCCAUGAGAAAUCACUUCUCAACAGUGAUGUUGAUGUUUUUGAGAGACAAGAAGAAGAGCUAGAGAUUUCUAUAGUGGUGAAGAGACUUGAGCAGCAAAAGACCAGUAAAACAGAAGCCAACUUGAAGAAACAAACAGAAGAAUCUUUGAUAGCUCAGGAUGAAGCGAAUAAGCUUCAGGAGGAAGCAAUGAAACGCUUAGGAGAAGCCAAUGAAACUAUGGGGAACUUUAGGAGAGUGAAGAAACCUCUCACUGAUGUAAGAUUCAAGCCUGAAACAUUGUUAUCUUCAAGAGAGCAGAAAAAAAGAAAGGAACUACUAUUAGAAAGACAAUUAGAGGAACUCGAGGAACAGAGGGAAAGUGUGUCGUCGUCGUAUAUGCAAACCUUGAGAGAUUCUCACACUGAAGUAGAGAGAGUAAAGCUCAGAGUCACGAAGAUUAAGAACCUUGACCCUUCCUUGGAAGUUCAAUUAAGAGCAUUAGAAAAGAAAGAAAAGGUCAUAACAGAGAUGUCUUAUAAUCAUGGAGAGGAGGCAGAGGAUGAAGAGUGGCAGCCUGACCGGACUGAGAGAUACAAGAAAACAGAAAUAUGCCAGACUAACCCCAAGUUGAAGAACAUAUGCUUUCUGGAUCUUGAGUAUGGACUUACAGUUCGGGUCAAAGACACAGCACUCAACAUUACCGCUCAUGAGAAAGAGAAGCAUUUUAGAGCUGCAGAGGAAGAUAUUAACCAUAAGACAACUCUACUGGAGAAUGAGAAGGAUCAACUUAGAAACUUGCACUUAGAUGAUUUGAGGGGUCAAAAGCUUAAACUUCUGGCUGAAUCAGAUGGAUUAUCGGAAGAGAAAGACAAGCACGAGAAUACAGGUUUGGGCAGAUCAUACCGAAACGGUUUGAGAGGUUUCGUGAAGAGAGACGAGACUUGCGGUCUUUCAUCAGAUGGUGUUGACGGUAAAUUGAAAGAAGCUGCGUUACUUUACAACAUCGACGAUGAAAAAGAGUUACGAAAAGAAGCAGAGUCCAUUAAUUAUCAAACAGAGACUUUGUCAAUAUGUUUCAGAGAGGAGCGUGAUAACAUCCCGGAUGAAAUGGAUGCAUUGAGGAAUCAGCAAAAACGGAAGCUUGACAACGACAGCACCGAGGAUCUCCGUGAGGUCAGUGCCGAGUCAUUGAGUCGUUUCGAGACGACUCGGUUGCAGAUCUUCGUGAAGAUGAUGUCUGGAGGGAAAACGAUAGUGAUCUACACCAACAAGAACGACUCAGUGGAGCAACUCCACCAUAGAAUCGAGCUAAAGACCAAGAUUCCGGUGAAGGAGACAUGUGUUAUCUACAUAGGUGAACAAGACUCCUCACUUCACCUCCUUGGCCGUAGCGAUACCAUGUACGCAGUCUCUCGAAUGCUCAGAGGCGAUUGGUUUGUCGCCAUUAACAACAGCAAAGAGAUCCUUGUUACGCUUUUCCCUAAGAAACGUAAGAAAGCCACAUGUGAAUAUCUCAAGAUUUUGUUGAACUCUUCAGUUCCAGCUGCUCUGGUGAUGCUCUUUGCUUGUCCUUUGGAGAUCAACAAAUCAUGUGCAAAGAGUUUGAUUAAUCUAUGUUUUGAUAGUUGCAAAGACUUGUCUGAUAAUCAGCAGAGGUGUUAUUCACUUGUCGUGUUAGAGGUCUUUAGAUUGCUUAAGAGAAUUUGUUCUCGUAACAAGCUUUAUGUGUCUUGUCGGAACACCUUGGGAUCCGUGCUGGACCUAUUUUUGGGUAUUAAGAUGCAUAAAAAAGAGAUGGAGUAUUGCAUUGAAAGCAAACGAGAAGAAUUUGAAGAUUCAUGGAAAGGGAGAAAGAAGAAGUUGGAAAAGGAGUGUAUACAGUCUCUCAAGGAAUCAACAAAGAAAGAACUGGAACAUGUUCAAGUGGAACUAAAGAGGUUGGAUACCGAGAGACUGAAUAUCAAAUUGAACUGUAAAUGGAGGGAGAAAGAAUGGGCUGAGUUGAGGGAUUCGGUUGAAGAGCUAAAGAUUCAAAGAAAGAAACUAGAGAGGCAAAACCAUAUGCUUCGAUUUAGAAGAGAAGAUAUCCGACAUGAGAAUGAAGAACUUAAGAACUUAGAGAAUCUGAAAGUUGCAUUAGAUGAUAUAUCCACUGAAGUCGUUAAAUGGGAGAUGGCAGUGCGUUUCGAGAUAAGUAAUCUGGAGGAAAGUGGAAUGGAGAAUUAUAGUAUGAUACAUAUAUCAAUGAAAUAUGGGGUGAAGCGAUCAAAGUCUGAACUUGAAAAAUACAGCGAUGCUAUAAGAUACAUGAGGAAUGUGGGCUAUCGUGAAACCAGACUGAAGCUAUCUUGGUGUGUGAGGAUGAUAAGACGAGAUAUGCAAAGAUUUGAAGUGUUUCGUAGAGCUGCAAUGAAGAUACAUGAAACAUAUAUUGGGACAGAAGCUCUGGAGCAAGCUAUAUGGUUUCAAGAGUUACAUCGGCAUACACCCGGGAGUGAACAAAGAAGCAAUAUCGUGAUGAAAGCAUUUGGGAAAAUAAAGUUCAAAGAGAUGAGAAGACUUAUUGGAGUUCAAGAUGUGAGUGAAGAUGAGUUCAAGCUUAAGGGGGAGAAUGUUGGACUAAGCUUGAAGUAG